AACCGAAAGUCUUAACACUUUGGUCACAGAAAACAAAGGUGGGGGUGGUGACUGGUGACCACCUUCCAUUUACAGCUUCAAACAUCUCAAUUUCCUCUUCAUCUCAUCAGUCUCACGUCAAUCCCACCAUGGCAACAACAUCAACAACAGCAACCUGUCAGCUUUCAUGUUUCUCUUCUCUCAACCGCAGAUUAAAUCAUCUACACCGUCGAUCCAUUCUCUCUCUUCCGCAGUCUCCUCGCUACAAGUCAUGGGUGGUUGUGAGUAACGAAGGACAUAAUAAUGGAGCACACUCUUUGACUUCAAAUAUCAAAACAAGUAGUACCGAUCAUAACUAUACAGCUCCUGAGGAAGAUAAGGGAAUCAGUGAUCCAGUAAAGGGAGUAUAUGGGUCAGCGAAAAUUCAUGACUUUUGUUUUGGGAUUCCUUUUGGUGGGAUUGUUUUAAGUGGGGGGCUCAUUGGUUUUGUGUUCUCAAAAAAUGCUGUAUCUUUAGGUACUGGUGUGUUGUAUGGAGGUGCUUUGCUAGCACUCAGUACCUUCAGUUUGAAGAUUUGGAGGCAAGGGAAAUCAAGCUUUCCAUUUGUACUUGGACAAGCUGUACUCGCAGCAGCCCUUUGCUGGAACAACUUUCGGGCUUACUCAUUGACAAAGAAGCUAAUUCCAACAGGAUUUUUUGCCGUCAUUAGUGCUGCAAUGCUGUGCUUUUAUUCAUAUGUAAUGAUAUCUGGAGGAAACCCACCACCAAAGAAGUUGCAGUCAUCUGCUAGUGUCAGUUCAUAACAAAAAACUGAAAAGAUCAGGAAAGGGUGAGGGAUAGUUUUUUAUAAAAGGGCCAUUUAUUUAAUGUGUACUACAAGUUGAUCUAGCAUGCAUUUUCUCGUAUAAGGCAGUGUUGCUUAGGUCACAAGUCUGCGAGUAACAAUUUCUUAAUAGCAAUAAUGUUUCAUUGGACAGAAUAAGUUAGUCAGUUUAUGAAUAUUGGAAUGGGACUCCAAAUUAUGUUGUAAAAAGAUGAGAUUUUAUCACCUUGCUAUGCAUUUCCAUAUUUCAAGAUGCCCAAA